CUUCCCUUGUUAGGUAUUUUUAAAAUAACAACAACAGUGUCCACGGCUUAGUAGAAUACGAACUGGUUGUUGGAAGAAGCUCAACGGAUGGGCACGAGAUAAUUAAGUGCAAACCUGAAAGAGACACAAUGGCAGACCCCUCCAAUAGCAGUGUUGAUCAUGACGGCCAUUCACAUCAUUCACACCACCAUGCCCAUUUUGUAGUGCCUAAAGAAGAUGACCUUAGUGCCCAUGACUCCCAGAUUCUGUUGGAACAUGUGGAUGAAAACAAAAUCAAUGUCCGGCUAGGCUUCUUGCAAAUCAAACACAUUUACGAGGUCAGAUUUUCUGUGAACGAUAACUUGGGGAAAGACACAACAUUUCAACCUCUAGAAAACCUCAAUGCCAAAAUUGAAUCAGUAACCCCUACGGCACAGGGCACAGGGCAUGACGUAGUGAUUAUAUUUAGCGCAAUGAAGGAAAAGAUAAUGCAGGAGACAGUUACAUAUUCAUGCUCCAAAGAUCCUAAAAAGAAAAUUACUCUUGUUUUACAUGCUCGAGUUUUAGGUAAAGGUAAAGGUACUCCAUCUUUGAAGAAAGGUAUACACUGUAUUAAGGUAGAGUUGGAUGAGGAAUCUGAUGCCAGUGAUUGGCAGGGGUUCUGAGCCGGUCGUCUGUGUUGCCUUCACUGAAUAUUUGAAACUCGGCGGUUUGAAUGUCAUGCUGACCCAGUAUAGGUCAAGGUCUAGGUGUAUCACUGGUGUGUGGAUGUGUGUUUGGUGUGCUCAAUUGGACGAUUUGUUGAUUCAUUCUUUUGUCAUUGGAGAAAUAGUGUCAAUAAUUUUUUGGAUUUUUUUUUUUUUUUUUUUUUGAAAAAUUAAAUAAGUCUGUGACUAACUUUUUGUUUUUAGAUUAUUAAUUAAUUUUUUAGGAAUCUCUGAUGAAUCUUUUUAGUUCCAGAACUUUAAAAAAAAUUAUUUGUGAAUUCUGUUGCAUGGUUUAAAUGUUAAAGUUUUUAAAAAAAAAUUGAUUAUAUAUUAAAUGUUUGAAGUAUUUUUUCAUUGAUUCAUUGUAUCCACCAUCCGUUAUCCCACUGUAAAUUUUCAUUUGUUUACCUUAUGAUGAAUCAAAUGUCCAAGUUGUUUUUACAUAAUAAUUUUUAUCUGAUCAUUUUAACUACAAUUUUAUUUUAAAAAAAAAAGCAUUCUGAAAUUGCUGAGAAUUUUACCUUGUUUUUAUGUAUCGAGAAUAGCUGAGUUAUAUAUAGCUAUUACUGCCGUAAUGAAAUUUAAAAA